UGAGCACUAAAUAAAAUGGGUAAAAGGCGUGUUUUGUAAAGGGGGAUAAAAGUUCCGCUUUAAAUGUGUGUGUCGAGCUUUAUAGGGCGAACACCUCUUUUUUUUUUUUUUUUUUCAACCGCUUGAGCAUUCAUAAGACGGAAGUCUUUUCCUACGUCACUUCCGCUACUGGUUCGCUUGCUUCCGGUGCGUAGUGGUUGAGGCGGUGGGGUAGUUAGGGAAGGUAGAGCAACGGUAGAGGACAGCAGGCGGGGAUGCAAGUGGACCUGAACUUGGUUUUUUGGGGGAAUUCUCUUCUGCAAAUCCCAGCGUUAAAGGACAUACAGUUUGCUUUUGAACAUUGCAACUUGUAGACUCCGUAGGACCACGGUCCUGUACCUACGCACCGUGGGACACGGACUCACUGUCGGUCAUGGCGAGUUCCUCUCAGAAGUUCACGUGGUGCCCCUGCCAUAAGCACAAGAUUCCCUCCAAGGACACCCACGAUCGCUGCUUGCACUGCCUGGGCAUCCAGCAUGCAAAAGAAGCCGUGCUGGAGUACGGCAAGUGCCCGCACUGCGCUGCCAUGGACUGGAGCACCUGCAUCAAUCGCCUCACCAAAGUACAGGAGGUGCUGCACCGGGAGAGCCAGCAAAGAAAGACAGAGGCUGCCCAAGCAGGUUCUAAGCUCGCGACAGCCCCGGCUCCCGUCAGCAUUCCAAAAGCCACAAUGGACUCGGUCCCUGUCCCACCCUUACCAACCGCUUUCGCUGCAACAUCAGCACAACCCUCUGUCCUCCCUGUGAUGCUAACCAUCCUCUCCCCCCCACCUGCUCAGGCAGAAUUGAACCCCAGCAUCACAAAAGGAGCGCUUUUGACUCCAUUGGCCGUUGAACAGUCCUGCGAUCCAAACCACACUCUGGGUCAGUCCAGUUCCCACACAGUGACCCAUCGGUCUAAGAGGAGGCAUUCCUCUGCAUGUUACUCACGGUGCUCCAAGUGCUCGAAACAUAGUCACCGGCACCAGUGUAGACGCUUUCAUACCUCUUCUUCCUACUCCUCAUCCGGUUCAUCCUGCUGGAGCUCUUCGAGCUCCCCCUGCACUUCUCCUCGGGAGAAGAGGUCACAGCGAGUAUCCCAUACCUCAGCCAAGGACAGGAAGCUUCUGGAGAUGGUGCAGCAGAAGCUAGACACCCAGUGGGCCUUGAUGGAGAAGCGCGUCGAGGCCUUGGAGAGGAGGGCGGCAGAGAUGUCUUCGGUGGUCCCCGCUGCAUCCUCCUCAGACCAGGCCUCACUUUCCGCAGCCGCUCCAGCAUCCACGUCCUCUCAAGAGGAGGAGCCGGAGGUGGAGCAUGUAGAUUGGUGUGGUCCACCCGAGGAUAGGCCAGCCGUCAGGAUCCCUCUGGUUGCCAUGGUGAAGAAGGAGGAGGAGCCUUCCCUCAUAAGAGCUGGCUGGAAAGCCGAGGAAGCCAGCGAGGGGGAAGACACCUCCCUUCUGCCUGAGGACUCUGUCUCUGGACAGGACAUACUGGUUGCUGCAGAGCUCCAGGGCCUCAUUUCCCGGGCAGCCAAAUACUUGGGCAUCAGUUUCCCCAACACACAGACAAGCUCCUCCUCUCCAGGUCCCAGCAUGGUGCCAGAGUUUGAGAACUUGGUUCAGAGCACAUGGUCCAACCCCGCGAGCUCCCGGCCCUUCAGGGAGCUGUUCUGCAAGAUGUACCGGCUGAACGAACGCCAGGCCCCAGCUUACGAUCGCAUGCCUCAGGUCAGCCGCUUCAUGUCCGCCAUCUUCCAGGCCGUGGAGCCAACGGAAAACGCAAUGGUGCCCCUACCAAGCAAGCACUGGAGGUUCACCGAGACCCAAGCGGAGAGGAUGUACCAGACAGCAGGCAUGUUGGUCAGGACAGCCAACUACCUGCGGUACUUGUCUGAGUACCAGCAGCGGCUGCUGGAGGAGGCAGCCGAGGACCGGCCAGCUCAGCGACUGACAGCCAUCCUAAAAGAGCUCCGGCUCAUAAGCCGGUUCUCCUUCCAGCUGUCCUCACACCAGGCAGAGCUCUCUGGCAGGGUCAUGGCCGGGUCUGUGGCCAUCCGGCGCCAGGUCUGGAUGGCCACGACCAACUACACAGACUCCCUUAAAGCCACCGUGGCAGACCUGCCCUACGUUGUCCGCCAGACUAUGGAAGCCAGCACAGGAACUACUUCUGGUUGCAAACAGGAAGUAUCAUGAACGCUGCAGACAGAUCGUAAUCCGUUUCCGUUUUUUGGUACGGCUAACACUGCGCACAGAGAAGUGAAUGACAGUUGCGACGCACGCGUGCUAUUUAAGAAACCUCCGAUGCAUGAAUUGCUUCUGUGCAUCAUUUCUGAAGCGUCUUCUUGCCUUUUUUGUAAACUCAGAUGUGCAAUGUUGAGUUUUCUUGUGUGUAAUUUGUUGAUUGGAUUAUUAGAUAAAUAUUUUACAAUCUUAUAAUAUUUAUGUGUACAUUUGCUAAGUUAAUAGUGAACUACUGGUUUCCAAAGACACUGGUCCCAUGUGAUCUCACUGUUCAUACAAACUGCUGUUUAGAAGGGAAACAAAUACUUUUGUUGUUAAUAUAACGAUUGCCAGGAAUAUUGGGUAUUUAAUUUUAAAGAAGAUGCAAAAAAAUAUCAGUUGACUCAUUGCUGGAAGACACUGUUACAAGUGAAAUACGGUUUCAUUUUUUCAGCAGCAUCCGAUUCCAUUUCGUUUUCCAGUUUAAGCUCUUACAUGUAUAUAUGGUAUAUGGUGUCUGGCUGCCAUAGACAAACAAUGGAGGCACUCAAAUUGAAUAUAUCAAUGUUGCCUUCAUGCAACAUUUCUGA